CUCCUUUAAAAGCGCGUGGUCAAGAACGCAACAUCCACAGAUGUAAAUUUCUUGACAACAACCAAAACCAACAUACAAACAAUCCUCCGCACUUCACUUUCGUGUUUGAGUUAUCCAAAAAAAAACUGGCCUUUUUCUAGUAAGCUUUUCAGUUCUUUUUAUGUCCAUUUACCAGCACAAAGCCACCCCUUCUUCCCUCUUCCUCGCCACUUUUAUGUCAAGCUGAAGCACUAGAAAUGAAAACGGAAGCAAAAACGGUUUGAGAUGAGACGAUAAGAAACAAUUUUGUUGCCUUUCUUUGCUUCCAUGAGUAUAAGGCAAAGGCCAGUUGCGCCCACGCGCUCCCCCAAUGGUCUCCACGCGCCGCCGCGGCCGCCAUUGCCGGAUGUUUACAACAUAAUCCCUAUCCAUGACCUCCUAUCCGACCAUCCGUCCCUCCGGUAUCCGGAGGUGCGAGCCGCCGCCGCCUUCUUGCGAGACGUCAGUAACUUACCGAGGCCGCCUUUUGUUACUUGGGACCCGCGCAUGGACUUGAUGGACUGGCUUGGACUUCUCUUUGGGUUUCAAAGAGACAACGUGCGGAACCAGAGAGAACACUUGGUGCUGCACCUGGCCAACUCACAAAUGCGGCAGCAACCGCCACCUCGGAUUCCAGACGAACUGGACCCGAGGGUGCUUCGCCGGUUCCGGAAUAAGUUAUUGAGUAAUUAUACUUCCUGGUGCUCCUACCUCGGCCGGAAAUCUCAAGCAGCUCACUCUAGGCGUAGCAAUAACAGCAACGAACUCCGGCGCGAGCUGCUCUACGUUGCUCUCUACCUUCUAAUUUGGGGCGAAUCAGCUAAUCUUCGGUUCAUGCCUGAGUGUGUAUGCUAUAUAUAUCACCAUAUGGCUAUGGAACUGAAUCAAGUUCUCGAUGAAUGGCCUGACCCAAAUACUGGUAGGCCAUUUGUGCCUUCAAUUUAUGGUGAAUGUGCAUAUUUGAAGUGCAUUGUAAUGCCUUUUUACCAAACAAUUAAAGCAGAAGUUGAUAGUAGUAAAAAUGGGACUAAGCCACAUUCGGCUUGGAGAAAUUAUGAUGAUCUAAAUGAGUUCUUUUGGAGUAGGAGGUGUUUUAAAAAGCUGGGAUGGCCUAUUAAUUUUGGUUGUAAUUAUUUUGCUACUGUUGAGAAGGCUAAGAGAGUAGGCAAGACUGGGUUUGUGGAGCAGAGGUCGUUUUGGAAUGUUUUUAGGAGUUUUGAUAAGCUUUGGGUUUUGCUGAUUUUGUUUUUGCAGGCUAGUCUAAUUGUUGCUUGGGAUGGUACUGACCAUCCGUGGCAGGCAUUGAAGAAACGUGAUGUACAGGUUGAGUUGUUGACAUGUUUUAUCACCUGGGGUGGGCUUAGAUUUCUACAGUCUAUUCUUGAUGCUGGGACUCAGUAUAGUUUGGUUUCGAGGGACACAAUGUUGCUAGGGGUCAGGAUGGUGUUAAAAAGUGUGGUUGCUUUGACAUGGACUGUUGUGUUCGGAGUGUUCUAUGGGAGGAUAUGGAGCGCAAAGAAUUCUGCUGGGUCAUGGUCUGAUGAGGCGAAUAGUAGAAUUGUGACCUUUCUUGAGGCUGUCUUUGUGUUUGUUAUCCCUGAGUUGCUGGCUUUGGUGUUUUUUGUACUUCCUUGGAUUAGGAAUGCCCUUGAGGAAUUGGACUGGAGUAUUUUGUAUGUGUUCACAUGGUGGUUUCAUACUCGGAUUUUUGUGGGGCGUGGGCUGAGGGAAGGGCUUGUUAAUAACGUUAAGUAUACCUUGUUUUGGAUUGCAGUAUUGACUUCAAAAUUUAUAUUCAGCUAUUUCCUUCAAAUCAAGCCAAUGGUUACUCCAACAAGGUUUCUACUGAAUCUUAGAAACGUGACUUAUAAUUGGCAUGAAUUUUUUGGUAGUAGUAACAGAAUCGCAGUUGUGUUGAUUUGGUUGCCAGUUCUUUCAAUAUUUUUUAUGGAUUUGCAAAUCUGGUAUUCUAUAUUCGCUUCAUUUGUUGGUGCAACAACUGGGCUGUUCUCACACUUGGGUGAAAUUAGGAACAUUGGACAGCUUCGGCUUAGAUUUCCAUUCUUUGCCAGUGCUUUGCAGUUCAAUCUCAUGCCUGAAGAGCAGUUGCUUGGUCCUAAAAUGACGCUUGUGAAGAAGCUCCGAGAUGCAAUCCAUAGAUUGAAAUUAAGAUAUGGGCUUGGUCAGCCGUACAAAAAGAUUGAAUCAAGCCAAGUGGAGGCGACCAGAUUUGCCUUGAUAUGGAAUGAGAUCAUCACAACUUUCCGAGAAGAAGAUAUCAUCAGUGAUAGAGAGCUUGAGCUCUUAGAACUGCCACCUAAUUGUUGGAAUAUCAGAGUUAUUCGCUGGCCGUGUGUGUUAUUGUGCAAUGAGUUAUUGCUUGCUCUCAAUCAGGCAAUAGAGCUGGCAGAUGCACCUGACAGGUGGAUUUGGUUAAAAAUUAGCAAUAAUGAGUAUAGGCGGUGUGCUGUAAUUGAAGUCUACGAUAGCAUUAAGUAUUUGCUUCUCACAGUUGUCAGACAGGGAACAGAAGAAUAUUCAAUUGUUCUAAAAAUUUUUGAAGAGAUAGACAACAGCAUUCAGUUCGAGAAGGUCACUGAGGCUUACAAUUUGGAAAUACUAGAACGUCUUCAUUCCAAGUUAAUAUCACUUGUUGAUCUUUUGAAGGGACAGAAGAAGGACAUAAGUAAGAUGGUCAAUAUAUUACAGGCAUUAUAUGAGCUUUAUGUUCGAGUACUCCCAAGGGGACCGAAAAAAUCAAUUGAGCAAUUGAGGCAGAAAGGUCUAGCCCCAGAGAGUCAAUUGAGCAAUGAUGAAUUACUCUUUGAGAAUGCUAUUCAGUUUCCAGAUACUGAAGAUGAAUUAUUCAACAGGCAUUUACGGCGUUUGCACACAAUUCUUACCUCCAAAGAUUCCAUGCACAAUGUCCCUCAGAACAUUGAGGCAAGACGGCGCAUUGCUUUUUUUAGCAAUUCACUCUUCAUGAACAUGCCUCUUGCUCCUAAUGUUGAGAAAAUGAUGGCUUUUAGUGUUUUGACCCCUUAUUAUGAAGAAGAAGUGUGUUUUCCUAAAGAAAUGCUUCGGCGGCCAAAUGAAGAUGGCAUUUCUACCAUAUUUUAUCUGCAGAAGAUAUAUGAAGAUGAGUGGAAUAAUUUCCUAGAAAGAAUGCGUAGAGAAGGAAUGGAAGAUGAUGACGAUAUUUGGGACAAAAAGUCAAGGGAUCUUCGCCUUUGGGCUUCAUAUAGAGGCCAGACAUUAGCCCGCACUGUGAGAGGAAUGAUGUAUUACUACAGGGCUCUUAAGAUGCUUUCCUAUCUUGAUUCUGCAUCUGAGAUGGACAUAAGGAUGGGCACACAAGAACUUGCUUCACAUCACUCCUCGAGGCACAACCAUGCUUUGCAUGAUCAAAACUUGGUCAUGCCACCAUCUCCACCUAAACUUGGCAGAGCAAGCAGUAGCGUUAGUUGUUUGUUUAAAGGGCAUGAGCAUGGGAGUGCUCUGAUGAAAUUCACGUAUGUGGUCUCCUGCCAAGUGUAUGGGCAGCAGAAGGCAAAGGGAGAUGCGCGUGCUGAGGAGAUUUUAGAUCUGAUGAAAAAGAAUGAGGCUCUUAGAGUUGCUUACGUUGACGAAGUUCACUUGGGGAGGGAUGAAGUUGAGUAUUACUCGGUUCUUGUUAAGUUUGAUCAGCAGCUGCAGAGGGAAGACGAGAUCUAUCGGAUCAGAUUGCCUGGUCCUUUAAAGAUUGGAGAAGGCAAACCUGAAAAUCAAAACCAUGCCAUAAUCUUUACUCGUGGUGAUGCAGUCCAGACAAUUGACAUGAACCAGGACAAUUAUUUUGAGGAGACACUCAAGAUGCGGAAUCUGCUGGAGGAAUUUAAGAAGUAUUAUGGAAUUAGGAGGCCAACCAUUUUAGGUGUCCGGGAGAAUAUCUUCACAGGUUCAGUUUCCUCACUUGCUUGGUUCAUGUCUGCUCAGGAAACUAGUUUUGUGACACUUGGACAGCGUGUUCUUGCAAAUCCUUUGAAGGUACGAAUGCACUAUGGUCACCCAGAUGUGUUUGAUAGGUUCUGGUUCUUGCCCCGAGGUGGAAUCAGCAAGGCUUCAAAAGUGAUCAAUAUCAGUGAGGAUAUAUUUGCUGGCUUCAAUUGCACACUUCGAGGUGGCAAUGUGACACAUCACGAAUAUAUACAGGUGGGUAAGGGAAGGGAUGUUGGCUUGAACCAAAUCUCAAUGUUUGAGGCAAAGGUUGCAAGUGGCAAUGGCGAGCAGGUUUUGAGCAGAGAUGUAUACCGUUUGGGCCACAGAUUGGAUUUCUUUCGUAUGCUCUCAUUUUACUACACUACUGUUGGAUUCUUCUUCAACACAAUGGCUGUGGUAUUGGCUGUUUAUGCUUUUCUGUGGGGCCGCCUUUAUCUUGCUCUCAGUGGUAUAGAGCGACAUGCCAUGAAAAAUAUUGACAACAACAAGGCCCUUGGUGCGAUUCUGAAUCAGCAGUUUGUUAUUCAGUUAGGCUUCUUCACUGCCCUUCCGAUGGUUAUGGAGAACACUCUUGAACAUGGGUUUCUUCCAGCUGUUUGGGACUUCUUAACAAUGCAGUUGCAGCUAUCUUCACUUUUUUACACAUUCUCUAUGGGAACUCGUAGUCAUUUCUUUGGUCGAACUAUUCUUCAUGGAGGUGCCAAAUACAGAGCCACUGGACGUGGGUUUGUGGUGCAGCAUAAGAGCUUUGCUGAGAACUAUAGACUGUUUGCUAGGAGCCAUUUUGUGAAGGCAAUUGAGCUUGGAAUCAUUUUAAUAGUAUAUGCUGCCAAUAGCGCUUUGGCUGCUGAUACUUUUCUUUACAUAAUCAUGACAAUCUCUUGCUGGUUCCUUGUGCUCUCAUGGAUACUGUCCCCUUUCUUGUUCAAUCCUUCUGGAUUUGAUUGGCUGAAGACUGUAUAUGACUUUGAAGAUUUUAUGAACUGGAUAUGGUAUAGAGGAGUAUUGGCAAAAGCAGAACAAAGCUGGGAAACAUGGUGGUAUGAGGAGCAGGACCAUCUGAGAACAACAGGUCUCUGGGGAAAGCUACUGGAGAUAAUUUUAGAUCUUCGUUUCUUCUUCUUCCAGUAUGGUGUUGUGUAUCAUCUGAACAUUACUGGUGAAAACACUAGUAUAGCUGUUUACCUGUUAUCCUGGAUAUACAUGGUUGCAGCCGUUGGAAUUUAUGUCAGCAUAACAUAUGCUCAGGACAAAUUUGCUGCAAAGGAGCACAUUAAAUAUAGGCUGGCCCAGCUUAUAGUCAUCUCACUUACGAUACUUGUGAUAGUUCUAUUACUGGAAUUCACAGAUUUUAUAUUUCUUGAUCUUGUGAGCAGCCUUUUGGCAUUUAUUCCCACUGGGUGGGGCCUCAUAUGCAUUGCUCAGGUGCUUAGGCCUUUUUUGCAGUCUACUGUCGUGUGGGAUACCGUUGUCUCCUUGGCUCGGCUAUAUGAUAUGUUGUUUGGGCUUAUUGUUAUGGUUCCUGUUGGAUUUCUAUCAUGGUUGCCUGGAUUCCAGUCCAUGCAGACAAGAAUCCUAUUUAAUGAAGCAUUCAGCAGGGGUCUCCAGAUAUCUCUCAUCCUUACUGGCAAAAAGUCCAAUUAACAGCUGACUCAAGAAUUCUCAGCUGGAAUAGUGUUUAUACAACUCUAGUAGAUGGCAGUACUGUGUUUCCCCUGAACAAGGAGGCAGCCGCAUCCUACUUAGCUAUUCCAAGGGGUUGGACAAAUGAGAUCCUGAUUUUAACUGCAUCGUUGUGUCAGAUAGAGCUCCUGCAUUCCACUCCGACUCGAAUGUUCAAAAUGCUUCGAAGUGAUUGAUAGGCAUUUUGGGCACCCAUAUUCAUUCACUUUACUAUUAUGUACAUAUCUGUUCAUAUGCUAGCUUGUUUGAGGUAGGUAGUGACAGUAUUUGCUACCUUUGUUACUAUUAGUCAGCUAGGCAAUAUGACGCUCACGCACGUGUGAAAAAUCAAUCUUUUGAGUUAGCAGCUUUAAUAACAAUGCACGGAAAACCAUUUGAAAUUUGAUGGUUGGAAUAAAAUUUUGGCUUGAAACCAA